AUGGAUUUCUUCUACAAUAGCCCAUAUACCAACGACAUGUUUUUCAAUCGCAAACCAAACUACUACUCCCCAAGAGAGAAUCGAUAUGAUGAAUACCUCCGACUACAGCGGGAGAAGGUGAUGCAAGAAGAACUCCGAAGAGAGCAAAGCGCUAGACGAGCGCAUGAGGAGGCACUCAGACAGAGAUACUAUCAAGAACAAGAAGCUCGUAAGAAUGCACAGCUGAGAGCAGCACGAGCUGAGCAACUGGCCAGAGCCGCACACAGACAAAACAGAUACAAACCCGUGCACAAUACACUGAAAGCAAAGAAGCAGAAGCUGCAAGAGGAGAAGGUGAAGAGAGUUUUGGCCGCCAUUGUCACCAUACAGCGCUUCUGGCGCCAGGCUUCACAGAACCGAAAAGAAAGAGCAGCUUCCAUUGUGACAGAAGCGGUACGCAGCGCAGGAUACGUCAAAUCGGAUAGAAAGAUUGUGAACAAACUCAAGUCAAUCGCCGCUAUCAAAUCCGAGGCAGACGCGCUUAUCAGUAAAUAUGAACACGUGUUCUCAGAGCCUGUCCACAACGAGAAGGGCAACGUGCAGUAUGAUCUUCUGGCAUACACAGAUACCAUGGAGAAGGUGUUGCUGAAGCUCGAUGGUAUCUUGGCGGAAGGGGUAGAGUGCGUUCGCGAGAAGAGGAAGAGUGUUUCGAAUUACAUACAGGACGCACUGGCGCUUAUUGACGACUACAAAUUGCACGGAGACGAUUCAGCAGAGCAUUCAGAAUCAGACAUACAGUCACAGUCUGACUGUGACAGAGACAGGCCAACGAGCAUGCAAGUCGAUGAGAGUGUCGACGAUAUAGAUCUGUUUUUCGAUCCAUACGUAUCGGAUUCUGACUCUAACUAA